AUGCUUGUUAAUUAAUCAUCCAAAGUUAAUAAAGAAAAUCAAAACCCACUUUUGAUUGUAAAUUAAUAAGAAUAACUUAAAUUAAAUGGGAUAUUGCCUAAAAAUCAUUUUAAUCAAGGAGUUACUAAUAGAUUUUAAAGCACUGUUUCUUGUUAUUAAUAAUCAUUAACAAAAUGCACUAGCUCAAGAUCAUUAUAAGAAUAAAUUGAAAGAAUAGCUAAAAAACUUAAAUAAAAAUAAGAAAAAGAAAAUGUUCAACAACCUAUUGAUUUACAUAAAUAUUCAAUUGAUGAAAUGGUUGAUAUCCUAAAAAAUGACAAAUUAUUACAUAUUAGAUCCUUGUAAUUAUAGCCAAGUUCUAAUAAGAAUAAAUAAAAAAGUCCAAAGAGUAUUUUUCCUCCUCUUUAAUUAAAAUAGAAUUUUUAGAGUUUUGAAACUACAAAAAGUUCUGAAAAUGAGACUAUUAAUCAUAAAUUAGACUAGAAAUCUCAUUAUAAUCAAAUGUCUAAACCAAAAACCAUAUAAAAAACUGAAAGUAGAGAAAGCAUUAAACCUUCUGAAGAUAUAAGAAAAAAGAGAACUGUCUCAUAAGUUAUUGAACCUCCUACUUAAACAUUAACUAAAAAAGAAAGAAUAUAAAAAGCAUUAUAAAAUUCACAUAGAAUUGUAUAAUUAUGUAAUUAGUUUAAUAAAAAUAAUAUAUCAAAUGAAGAAUUACAUGAAUUAAUUAAAACUGAAGGAUUUAAACUGCAAUUUGAAUGUCUAGUUUAAUUUAGUGAUAAUAAUUUAGAUUGCAGAACUUAAUUAUAAAACUUUAUGAAUUAAUAAAUUAAGAAAUAUACAGAAUUAAGAAAUGCUGAAUUAGAGCAUUAACGUAUAUAUAUUAUUUAUAGAAUAUAGUUAAAAAAGAGAAUUUUCAUUAAGUGCUUGAAAAUAGUGUAAAUAAAUUAAAAUCUAAAUUUUGA